CACCACAAAUUGACUGAAAACAAAACUAGAUUAACGCACAUAAAUGCACAUAAAACCAAUAUCACGCAUUGCAAUACGAAUUUUUAAAGAGAGCAGUAAAAAAAAAGUUAAUCCACGAAAUACUCACGAAUUAUAAAGAGCACAAAGGUAAGCAAAAACGCAGUGUGAACAGCAAAACCUGAGACUAAUUAGCGUAAACGCGAUAAAACUGACGUAAAAGUUGCUCACGCGCACUGAAUAAGUAGAUACAUACAUAUGUAUAUUCAUAGUAUAUUAAAAAAAAAAAAAUAAAUAAAUAAAUAGAAAACACGAACUAACGCAUUUUAACAAAACGCACAAAACACGGAGGGAGCAUGUUUCAUGCAACCCUGCCGCUAAAGUGGAAAGCAAAUCGCCACAAAACCCACUAAACUUUAGAAGAAAAUAGAAGCAAUAGCAGCACAGCAACAACAACAGUAUACAAGCAACACCAAAAAUACUUUUUAAGCACCAAGUUCAAACUACGCGCGUCAUCUCGAUCCUUCAUCCAAAUACAAAAACCAAAAAACAACGCAUUUAAAUGUUGCCCAUCGACUCGACACUCACAGCCAGCUCUGCCAAAGUGUCGCAUAGCUCACCGCCGUACACGCUGCGCUGCCGACCGUCACGCAAUGCCAGCAACGUCGUGUUGAUCACGCAACAACAACAGUCGGAAAACAACAAGUGUGGCGCUGGACGCACCGCGGACGAUGCCGCCAAUGUCAGCACCACUUCUGUACAUGUGCACAGUGGCAAUGGCAACAAUAACCUCCGUGCAACAGGUGUCACGACAUUGAGCAAUGACAAUCCGGGCGGCGGCGGCGGCGGCGGCAAUGGCAAUAAUAGCGGCAGCAACAGCGUUCAUUCAGCAACGAGUUUUCGCAACAAAAUGCCAUCGAUAUCAAUUAUACCGUUGCCGGUUAGCAGCGCAGCGGCCACCAUCGCCAGCUGUAGCGGCACAACGACGAGUACGAGUGUGGUGCGCACCGUGACCACCUCGAAUAAGGCCACAUCGCCGCCACCGCUUUUCAAUUCGCCGCCAAGAAGCAAUAACAGCGGCAGCAGUGGCUUGCAGCCGCAACGUCCACUGUUGCAGCAUCAGUAUCAGCAGACGGACAAGUGCACCAUAUUGAAAUUCGAUGUGGUGCGCAAGCCAACUGCCGCUGCGACAGCGGUCGAGCAAUUAUCCCGCAACAUUAUUGCCACGGCGCCGAAAGCGCAAACGACCGCCACUUCAACGGUGACGAGCGGCAUGGCAUUUUCGGCGACGAGUGUUGCAAGUCGCCAACAACAGUUGCAGGCAUUGCAGCAAUCCAUUUUCGAUCAUGAGAUGUCCGAUGACGCCGAAGCGGAUGCGGAAAUUGCUGCGCUCCAUCAGCAGGUGUUGAGUGGUAACACAACAAGCACUUUGACCACGGGCAGUCAGCCCAUUAUCGUAAAGAUUGAGCCAGCGCAGUCGUUUCACAUCGUCGAUGAAUCGGAUACGCGUGUGCUGAGUUUGCCACUCUCGGAUGCGGAUAAGGUUGGUGCGAGUUGGAUUGAUCUGAAGGAUAUUGCAGGCUUGCAGACCACCUCGGCCACACUGGUAGACGUGUGUUUCGAUUCGCCACCCGGUUUGCUGCCAGUCAGCACGAAUAAGUCCACAUCGACGGCCGAAGCGGUGGUGCAGACGGUCGUUGAGUCGGGCGGUAUUAGUCAUACACAAGGCGCUAAAAAGCGUCAGUUGGUUGUUAAGCAGAUAUCGGUGGAGCAACCGGCAACGACGGCAACUAUUAUUGAAGCUGUAAUCACACCUGCUACGGUUGUAACGGCAACGGCUACGGCUACGACAUCUACAGCAUCCGGAACGUCUACGGUGUCGCGGUUCAAUGCGAAUGAACGUGCACAACACCAGCAGCAACAAUCACAGCAGCAAUCGCAACAACAGCAACAGCAAUUGCAGCAGCAGCAGCAACUUCAGAACAAAGGUACCACGACUGCGGGUACUGCAUUAACGCCGUCCUCAUCAACUGGACUUAAUGUCGGUGGAGCCAUGACAGCUCAAAUUGAAAUAAUUCCAUGCAAAGUCUGUGGCGACAAGUCAUCGGGCGUACAUUAUGGCGUUAUAACAUGUGAAGGUUGUAAAGGUUUUUUUCGCCGGUCACAAAGUUCUGUAGUGAAUUAUCAAUGUCCUCGCAAUAAACAAUGUGUUGUCGACCGUGUCAAUCGCAAUCGGUGUCAAUACUGUAGACUGCAAAAGUGCCUACAAUUGGGAAUGAGUCGUGAUGCUGUAAAAUUCGGUAGAAUGUCGAAGAAACAGCGUGAAAAAGUGGAGGAAGAGGUGAAGUUUCACAAGGCGCAGUUGCGAGCACAGAGUGACGCGGCGCCGGAUAGCUCAGUUUUCGACACACAAACACCUUCGAGUAGUGAUCAGCUGCACCAUAAUUACAAUGGCUAUGGCGGCUACUCCAGCAAUGAAGUGAGCAGUCCCUAUGGUUAUGGCUAUUCGACAUCGGUAACACCGCAACAGACGAUGGCCUAUGAUAUAUCUGCGGAUUACGUUGACAGCACCACGUAUGAGCCGCGUGGCACGAUAAUGGAUCCGGACUUCGUCAGUCAUGCUGAUGGCGACAUCAAUGAUGUUCUUAUAAAAACCUUAGCCGAGGCACACGCCAACACAAGCACCAAACUCGAAGCCGUACACGAUAUGUUCCGGAAGUCUCAGGAUAUUUCGAGGAUACUCUACUACAAGAAUCUGGGCCAGGAGGAGCUGUGGCUAGACUGCGCUGAAAAGCUAACACAAAUGAUACAAAACAUAAUCGAAUUUGCGAAACUGAUACCCGGAUUUAUGCGAUUAAGUCAGGAUGAUCAGAUUCUCCUACUGAAAACUGGAUCAUUCGAACUGGCCAUCGUGCGUAUGUCGCGAUUGCUCGAUCUCUCACAGAAUGCGGUACUCUAUGGUGAUGUGAUGCUGCCGCAGGAAGCGUUCUACACAUCCGAUUCGGACGAGAUGCGUCUGGUAUCGCGAAUCUUUCAAACGGCUAAAUCAAUAGCCGAACUGAAACUGACUGAAACGGAGUUGGCGCUGUAUCAAAGUUUAGUGCUGCUCUGGCCAGAACGAAAUGGCGUGCGCGGUAAUACAGAAAUCCAGAGGCUUUUCAAUUUAAGCAUGAAUGCAAUAAGACAGGAGCUUGAAGCGAACCAUGCGCCCUUAAAGGGUGAUGUGACUGUUUUAGAUACAUUGUUAAACAAUAUACCGAAUUUCCGCGAUAUCUCCAUAAUGCACAUGGAAGCACUGAGCAAAUUUAAGCAACAACACCCGAACGUCGUCUUUCCGGCGCUAUACAAAGAACUGUUCUCAAUAGAUUCGCCGCAGGAUCUCACAUAACAUCAAGAAAACUAUGUGGAGACUACGAACGCAAUCGAUGCACCGGACACCCUAGAUGCGUUAACGUAGAAACAAAGAAUUACCCGAUGACAGUUGGCAGAGUUGGCGAUGAGGAAGGAGAAGCGGACUUGAAAGCGGUGACGGUGGCGGUGUCGGUGACGGUGAUGGCAAGUAGUGCAUGCAAUGCAUGAAACUGAUUGCUGCUGCAAUGACUUUACAUUAGAACGUGCUGUAGAAAGAACAACAACAAACGCAUAUGAAACCAACAACAACACAAGCAAUUUCAAUGAAACGACAACCAGCUGCAAGCACACAGUCAGAUGACCAACAAGCGUCCGAAGUUCUGUUUAACGGAACUUAAAGUGACAACAACAAACAAUGUAUUCUCAGUUUAUUCACUCUUAAAAACAUAGCGUAACAAAAACAAAAACAUACUAAACAAACAUAAGAAAUAGUAAAUCAUAGUGCAGAACAAAAGAAACAAAAGGUUUAUAUUACUAAUUAAUUCAAGCCACACAUAAUAAGCAGUAACAAACAAUAACAAAAAGAAAACAAAAAACCAAGAAAAAAGUAAGCAAAUAUUAAGCAGCAAAUUAAGUUUAAGGAUAUUUAUACAGAAUUUAAAUAGUAACAGAAAAAUACACAUAUAUAUAUAAAUAGACAAACCAAAAUGCCGAAUGCACACACACAUACAAACACACACGAAUUCAUAAGCAAAUCACACACCUCUAAACAUUUGCAUACAAAAGAAAAGAGAAAAAGUAAAAAUUAGAAGCAAAAUAAAACGCAAUAACUACAAGAUACAGUAAAUUAUACCACAUUGUUAUAACAAAAUAAAAAAUAAAAAAAAUAAAAAUCAUUCUAAGUAAAACGCGAAGCAGAAACACAGGAAAAUUAAAGCAGCAUUUAAGCCAGAAAAAUAGGCGAACAUAAAGUAAGACAAAUAAAAAACUACGGAUACAUAUGUCUACAACAUACUAACAGUUAUAGUCACACACACACACACACAUAAACAAGCUCACUUUCACCUAGAAACAAGAAGAAAAUCUCGAAAAACUAAACUUUCAACUUCAAAAACUAAAAUACAAAAACGUUGCCAAUCUAACGCAAACUCAUUCAGCCCUCAACCAAAAAAAAAAAAAAAAAAAAAAAAAACACGAAAACUCUAUAUACUAUGUAGUUGAUGCCUGGCGCAAUCGGCGGAACCCAAGCAAUCGCAAACAAUUUAUUUCGUUCAACUCGAACCAGCACAAAUUUUUCCAAAAGAAAUAAAAAAAUAUUAAUUAAAAUUUAGAAGAUAUAUAACUUGCGAAUAUUAUUGAAAAGACUUUUGCAAAUCAACAAACAUACACACACACGUACAUCAUUACCAUAAAACGAGUGCUUACGCCCAAAAGACUAACAUUUACAGAGUUUGUAGAAAAAAUAGUGAAAAAGUUGAAAAGCGACAGAUUUUCGUAGUACAACUCGUAAGCAAACAUAUUUUAUAGACCGGCUGUAAGCACAUUGCAAAAAUAUAUGUGAGCUAUUUUUAGGCGCCAUUUUAGUUGCAGCGCUGCUAAUUAACAGCUCUGCUGUAAACUCAUGCAUAUGCCUUACCAUUUACUGCGAGUUUGUUUUCUGUUGAAAUGUUAUUGAUACAAACUGCUUGUUUAUUUGUUAUUGUUAUGUUUUAAUUUGCUAUAAAAUUUUUUUAACUAGUAUAUAGUAAUUUGCUGCUCCAACACCUUUAGCAAAGAAAUUUUAAAGAAUGCAAAUGAACAUUCUCAGCUUUUUUGUAGUUUCACUCGUAAAUGUUAAUAACAUACUGUUGUGUUUUACAUCAGCAAAUGUGUUGCUAUGCAAUGUUUCCUUUCAAUUUCUUGACUUGUGUUGUUUUUAUAUACCAGCUACCGAGUAUAAUGCUUUUAAUAAGAAGAGAAGUGAGCAAAGAGAUCCGCCUACAUCCAUAUAUAGGAGACAUGAGGCUCUCUAUGGCUAGAUACAUAUACAUAAACAUACAUAUAUGAUAAUUUAUUUUGCUACAGCUUUAAAAGUUUAGAGAAAAUUGAAAUUUUCAAUUUUUCUUGUUGAAAAAUCUGCUUAUGUGUUCCAUUCCCACAAUCGUUGCCAAAUCAGUCGGAUCCAUGUGAGCGGAACGAAACCGAAUUUUUAUCCGAUCAAAAAAAUAAUUGCACAGCGCCCUAUGAUCUAUUGUUCCCGACAAAAGCCUGUCUUUGAAAUUUGUGACGUUUUGUGAUGGUUUAGUAACUCCAAAACACAACAACAACAGACUCGCUGUAAACAAUUAGUGCUUUUCUGACAGUUUCCAAGAGAAAUUUGUCAUUUCAAUACAAAACUGUGGCAAUCUUAAGGAGUACAUCUAGGGUGACAGCCUAAAAAUUACGAUUUUUUGGAAUUAAAAAAACACACCGAUGCGAUUUUCGUUCUGAUCAACAAAUUGUUAGGACAUUUUAUGAAAAACACGCAGAAAACCUCUGAUAGUAAUCGGAGCUUUUGUCUCCAAGUAAUCCCUCACUCAAAUUUGAAUGAAGUAUUUAUGAAAAAAGACGUUGACAGAUAAGCUAAGCUUCGGAACCCACGAAGGUUAAGGCUACAGUAUGAAAAUAUCAAACCAGAAGCCAAAACCACAGCAAAUUUUUUCAGUGGUCAUUAAUCAAAUCUUGAUCUUGAAGAUGUUCGGUGGAGACACACAGAAUACAACUAUUAUGCAAUAAUCGAUCUUAAGUGCCCUAGUUAAAGAUAUUUAAAGCUGUAAUUGGAUUAAUUGUUGGGUAUUUUUUUCAUUUGAAUCGCGAGAGCCACGCUGAGAAUACACAAUGAAGAGCUUGACCCGUUUCUUAAAUUUUAGCAAAAAAAAGCUUUGUUUUUCAUGAAUAAAAGUUGUGGCUCCCACUAUUUUUACCUUUCUCCUUUUUUUUUAAACACCAACAACGUGAGAGUUGUUUCUGCAAAGCUGAAAGCACCGGCAUCGCCCAAUUGUGUUCAUAAGUAUAGUUCACGUCUUUGUCUAUCGAACGAGCAAAACGUAUAUAUAUAUAUUUAUAUAGAUAUUCCGAUUUGAUACACAAAGUUUAUUUUCAUUUUGUAAUACGUUUUAUGAAAAUUACAAAAACAAAUAGCUGAGAUAUUUUACACCAGCUUAUAGUGUUCAAAAAACUAGUGAAAAACACAUAAAUUUGUAUUCGCUGUUUUAUACUCUAUUUGGUUUAAGCCUAUACACACAAAUAUGCAUUGUCAGUGCAUACAUGUAGUAUGUAAAUUUUAAGCGUUCUACUUACAUAGCUUUAUAUUUUGAUUACGUUUUUGUUGUUUCAUUUUUACAUUUAUUUACAUUUGUUUUUUUUUUUAAUGCUGCGCGUCAAAGGUACAUAUUUAUGGCGGCGUUCAGCAAUUUAUAUACGAAAAGGAGAUAUACGAUUUUACACCACAUUUGUGUUCAGCCGGCGUAGAGCUUUGCAGGAGCACUUUUGCCGACAUAGCUUUCUUAAUUUAGCUUUUGUUGAAAAUGUAUGAAAAAAUAUGUUUGUUUUGGCUUGAGCCCCUCAUUCUUGACACUAAAGUAGAUUGCGGAAUGUACUUAUCGUAUAUAUUUGUUUUUUGUUUUUAUUUUAUACUUGUAAUAAAUUUUUUAUUUGGGUGAGAUAUCUUUGCGUUACUUUGUAUCUUCUAUAAAUGUUCAGAACGGCUUCGUUUAUUCUUCUUAUUUGGCUUUAUUAUAGUUUGCAUGUUUUUAAAUUGAAACCGAUUUUAAAAAGCUUUUACAGUUCUUCGAAAUAGCUUUCAUAGUCUAGACAAGUUUUUGAUUCAAAAGUUUAAAGUGAUUUUUUAGAGAUUUUACAUAUCCAAUUAGCUUUUAUAGCUAAGACAAGCUUUUUGUACAAAAGUAAGCUUUAGGUUUUUAAGAAGUUCUUACGUUUCAAAUAAGCUUUUGAUCAAAAAUAAGCCAUAAAUUUAUAAAGCGUUCUCUUGUUAAUUUAACUUUCACAGUUCGUUGAAACAUUUGACACAAACGUUUAAAGUGUUUGUUUUGGUUUUUAACAUAAAAGUAAGCUUUCAAUUCGAACAAAUUUUUUGACAACAAAUUGAACGUUACAUUUUAAAAAGCUUUCACUUGUCAAUUCAACUUUCAAAGUUCGUACAAGCUUUUUACACGAAUGCUCAAAGAGGUUUUCAAGAGCUUUCAUUUGUUAAGUUAGUUUUCAAUUUUGACACAAAAGUAAGCUUUAAAGUUUCGAGAAGCUUUUUGGAGUUAGCUUUCAAUUCAAAUAAAUUUUUGACACAAACAUAAGCCUUACAUUUUUUCAUCAAUUUAGCUUUCAUUGUUCGAACAAGCCUUUUAUACGAAUGCUCAAAUAGGUUUUCAAGAGCUUUCAUUUGUUACGUUAGCUUUCCGAUAUAUGUAAUAAGCAUUAUCGGUGGCUGAUUAGCUUUUUUGUUUCGAAAUACGAGUUGUAACUAUAAAAAUUUAAAAUUUUCCGUUAUACGUUUUCGUCGUAGAUUUGACACUCAUCUGCAUACUGAAGUCUGCCUUCAAAUUUAAGAGACUUAAAGCGAUAUUUAGGAGACAGUACAACAACAGCAUAUAACUACCGUUAAGCCACACUCGUACCACACACUCACCCACACAUACACACACGCAUAUUUCUAUGUAAUUUUCAGUAGCCCAAAAGCAAACGAAAAAUCAUAACCUUUCUUCACCAUCAUUACCACUAACAAUAACAACAACCAUAAGCAAUUAGUGCAGUAUCAUAGACGAAGAGAUACGAGAAUCGUUGUAAGCAAAAAGUAUAAAUAUAUACAUACAUAUAUAAAUAAAUAAGGAAACCAACAAAAAAACAACACUUGGAGGACGGUGAUAAUUAGUGUGUCUUAAACAAACAAAAAAAAAUUAUACAUAAAU